AUGGUAGAAACCAGACGAAACUCUUCUUCCUCGAAACGCCCCUUCUCUUCGUCCUGUCCUCUCCCCAACGGCAAACGAUCUAAGGUCUCUUCUUUUUCCCAAUCUUGUUUCAAUUCUUGGAGUUUUCGGACUGCGGAGGCUUCGUCGUCGACUAACGACACGACAUGUGCACAACCCAUCGAAACCCUGUCUUCGCCGAAAGAAUCAGGCAGCGAGUUUCAAGAUCAUGAAGCUCGUUCAUCUGAUCCGGAAUGUGUGAAACUGUCCGAUGGGCACAUAACCGAGAAAUCUCCGGAUGCGAAAGUGGAAUGUGAGCCUUUUUUGCCUCCGAUGUCUUUAGGUCACUCGGUGAUUGACGUGGAGAAGGCGAAUUCAAAUUGUACGUUGUUAAACCGGGGAAAGAAACGGCAGUUGAAAUCAAGCGUUGGGGUUGCAUGGGGAAAGCUUCUUUCGCAGUCUUCUCAGAGUCCUCAUGUGGUUAUGCAUGGUUCAGCUUUCACUGUUGGUCAAGGUCGUCAAUGCGACUUAUGGGUGGCAGAUCCAUCCAUUAGUAAAGUUUUGUGCAGUCUGAAGCACAUAGAUGCAGAGCAAGUAGGUCCAUCCGUUACUUUACUUGAAAUUAUCGGGGGAAAAGGUGCUGUCCAAGUAAAUGGCAAGGUUUAUCCUAAAAAUUCCACUGUACCACUGAAUGGAGGCGAUGAGGUUGUUUUUAGUUCAUGUGGGAAACAUGCUUAUAUCUUUCAGCCACUUGCUAAUGAUAACUUAGCUGCUUCUGGCAUGCUGCCUUCAGUAACCAUAUUAGAAGCCCAUGGUGGUCCAGUUGAAGGAUUGCAUCUUGAGGCAAGAACAGGAGACCCCUCUGCUGUUGCAGUAGCAUCAACAUUGGCGUCUUUGUCAAAUCUUCAAAAUAAGUUACCUCUCAUUCCUCCAUCUUCUCAAAAUGACGAGGGUGUGCAACAGGAUUCUGAAAUGCCAGCGCCACCUUCUUGUGAAAUGUGGGAUAGUGGUGUCGUGGAUGCUGAUCACAAUGACAGAUCUGGUGCUUCGUUGAGUGAGAAGGCUGUUGUUCCUUCUCUGGAUGCUGCUAAUGAAAAUUUGAAUUUUGAUAGCGUUGGACUGGAUACUUCUGUCGAUGCAGAAAUUGGAAAAGUAUCAGGGGCCACCCAUGAAGUGAAGCCUCUUCUGCGGAUGCUUGCAGGAUCAUCUGCUUCAGAUUUUGAUCUGAAUGAUAGCAUUUCUAAAAUUUUUGAUGAGCCAAGUGAAGGUGGAGAACUACUCAAGGAUUUUGAUCCGCCAGUUUUGACAUCAGCAAAGCAUCAAACAUUUAAAGAUGAGUUAAAACAAGGAAUAAUUGAUGCCAAGAACAUCGAAGUUUCAUUUGAGAAUUUUCCAUAUUAUUUAAGUGACACCACAAAGAAUGUUCUGAUUGCUUCCACAUACAUACAUUUGAAGCGGAGUAAAUUUGCAAAGUACACCUUAGAUCUCCCUACUGUAUAUCCGCGAAUAUUAUUAUCUGGUCCCACAGGUUCGGAAAUAUAUCAGGAAACAUUGACCAAGGCACUUGCUAAACAUUUUGAUGCUGGACUUCUCGUUAUAGAUUCUCUUCUAUUGCCUGGUGGGUCAACUCCCACGGAAUUCAGUCCUGCAAAAGAAAGUUCAAGGCCUGAAAGAGCAAGUAUCUUUGUGAAACGGUCUGCACAGACGGCUGUAUUACAUCUUAAGAAACGAGCUUCAAGUGUUGAGGCUGAUAUAAUCGGUGGAUCUACCAUAAGCAAUCGGGCUCAGCAUAAGCAGGAGGCAUCUACUGCCUCAUCAAGGAAAUACACUUUCAAAAAAGGUGAUAGAGUAAAAUAUGUGGGCUCUUUACAAUGUGGGUUGUCUCCCUUACAAACUCCUUUGAGGGGACCUGCCUAUGGUUAUAGAGGCAAAGUGCUACUUGCAUUUGAAGAAAAUGGCUUUGCGAAACUAGGGGUUAGAUUUGAUAGAUCAAUUCUGGAAGGCAAUAAUCUUGGGGGCCUUUGUGAAGAUGAUCAUGGUUUCUUUUGUGCUGCUGAUUUACUUCUCCUUGAUAGCUCCAAUGGUGAUGAUAUUGACAAGCAUCCCAUUAAUGAACUCUUCGAGGUUGCCUCAAAAGGAAGUAAACGUAGUCCAUUAAUUUUGUUUGUUAAAGGCAUAGAGAAGUCUAUGGCGAAUCCUGAGACAUAUGCAUUGUUUAAGAAUGAGCUUGAAAAUUUACCGCAAAAUGUUGUGGUCAUCGCUUCCCAUACACAGUUGGACAACCCAAAGGAGAAAUCCCAUCCUGGUGCACUCCUGUUUACAAAGUUUGGAGGCAACCAGACAACAUUGCUUGAUUUCGCUUUCCCGGAUAGUUUGACUAGAUUGCAGGAUAAAAGCAAAGAAACACCCAAAACAAUGAAGCAACUCACCCGCCUUUUCCCAAAUAAAGUGGAUAUACAGUUGCCUCAGGAUGAAACUCUACUUUCAGACUGGAAACAACUGUUGGAUCAGGAUAUUGGGACACUCAAAUCACAAUCAAAUAUUGUUACCAUUCACUCUGUCUUGGACCGAAUUGGGGUAGAUUGCCCUGACCUUGAAAUGUUAUGCAUAAAAGAUCAAGCCUUAACGAGUGAAAGUGUGGAGAAAAUGAUUGGCUGGGCUUUAGGUCAUCAUUUUAUGCAUUGUUCUGAAGCUUUGGUCAAAAAAACCAAACUCGUGAUUUCCAGAGAAAGUAUUAGAUUUGGGCUCGAUACUCUCCAGGGCAUGCAAAAUGAGACCAAGAGUUUGAAAAUGUCACUUAAAGUAAGACUAUCACUUGGAUGGGGAGAUAUAUAUUCGUCUCUCUUUAGUGUCAUGUCGUUAUUGUAUUAUCGAUUAUUUGAUUAUGCCCACUUGAGGUUUCAGGAUGUGGUUACAGAGAAUGAAUUUGAAAAAAAACUCCUUUCGGAUGUCAUUCCAUCGAGUGAUAUUGGAGUUAUUUUUGAUGACAUUGGAGCCUUAGAAAAUGUGAAGGAUACGUUGAAAGAAUUGGUUAUGCUACCUCUUCAAAGGCCAGAAUUAUUUUGUAAAGGACAACUGACAAAGGUUAAAUGGAUUAAAGUUUUUAAUGCCUUUUUCUUCCCAAGUAAAGUUGAUUGCUCUCGGCAUGUUGAUCAUGAGUUUGAGUUGGUUAUUCUAGAUUGUUGUGAUGUUAAAUAG